AGCAAGUUAACAAAGACUGUUAAGAUUUCAGGAAUAUUUGGAGAAAUGCCUGGCUAGGGUUUGGUCUACGAGGAAUUGAACAACGAUCUCGAUCCACCAACGAGUUAUCUGCAGUAAUUCGGUCGGAGACUCAGUUCCGUUCCCGAGUUUGGACGGCGGCGGCGGCGAAGGGAAAGAAUGGCCUCUACCCGGUAAACGUCUCCGUUCACUGUUUUUUUCACUCUCUGGGUAAAUCAUUUUGAGAAAGUAGUGAAAUGGUUAUUAGGAAGCAACUUUGCAGCAAUUGCUAUCUCUUGUUUCGUCCUCACACCAAAUGCUUAUCUUCAGCAACUGUAGAAUCAAGUUUCAAUGACACAGAAACCCAAAUUAGAUCAUUAUGUGAUAAAUCCAGUCCCCGACUCGAAGAUGCUUUGCUCCUCUUUAAUCAAGCAGUUGAAAUCCACGGCCUGCCUUCUGAAUCAACAUGCGAUUUUCUUUUACAAACAUUUUCACAGUCGAGGAAGUAUAACAUGGUUAUCAAUGUCUACAAUAAGAUGAAGGGUAUUCAAGUUUUUCGCAGUUUCAUAUCAUUGCAAGUUCUGAUCGAGUUUUUCCUUCAUUCAAAUAAGCCCGAUUUUUCUUUUGGAGUGUUGGGCACGAUGGUGAAGUGUGGUUUUCAAGUUAACACAUAUUGUAUAAAUGUUGUUUUAAAUGGACUUUGUCGAAAUGGUGAUACUUCAAGAGCUGUAAAGGUUUUCAAUGAAUGGUGCAGAGGGUCUGUAUUGCCUGAUGUGAUUACUUACAACACUCUUAUGAACGGGCUUUGUAAAGAGGGUCGAAUGGGAGAAGCAAUGGAUUUGUUUGAUGACAUGAAGCUGAAGGGCUUCAAUCCGGAUGUUAUUACUUACAUCAUUCUUAUGAACGGACUUUGUAAAGAGGGUCGAAUGGGAGAAGCAAUGGAUUUGUUUGAUGACAUGAAGCUGAAGAACAUCAAUCCGAAUGUUUCUACUUACAACACUCUUAUGAAUGGGCUUUGUAAAGAGGGUCAAAUGGGAGAAGUAAUGGAUUUGUUGGAUGACAUGAAGCUGAAGGGCCUCAAUCCGGAUGUUUCUACUUACAACACUCUUAUGAAUGGGCUUUGUAAAGAGGGUCAAAUGGGAAAAGCAAUGGAUUUGUUUGAUGACAUGAAGCUGAAGGGCUUCAAUUCGGAUGUCAUUACUUACAACACUCUUAUGAACGGGCUUUGUAAAGAGGGUCGAAUGGGAGAAGCAAUGGAUUUAUUUGAUGACAUGAAGUUGAAGGGCCUCAAUCCGAAUGUUCUUACUUACAACACUCUUAUGAACGGGCUUUUUAAAGAAGGUCGAAUGGGAGAAGCAAUGGAUUUGUUUGAUGACAUGAAGCUGAAGGGCCUCAAUCCAGAUGUUGUUAACUACAACACUCUUAUGAACGGGCUUUGUGAAAAGGGUCGAAUGGGAGAAGCAAUAGAUUUGUUUGAUGACAUGAAGCUUAAGAGCCUCAAUCCGAAUGUUAUUACUUACAGUGCACUUGUAAAUGGAUUUUGCAAAGCUGGGAAUUUCGACGAGGGAAAGAAACUUUACGAUAUGAUGUUGGAAAAAGGAGUUGAACCGGACGCAUUCAUUUAUUCAAGUUUAUUACAGUAUCUUUGCAAAAUGAGGCGAUGGGAGGAAGCUAGCGAGUUAUUCAAUGUGAUGUCACACCGAGGAAUAAAACAGAAUCGGGUAAUCUAUAACGUUUUAAUCGAUGGGCUGUGUAAAGAUGGAAGGCCUAUGGAUGCCAUGCGGUUAGUAGACUUAAUGGAGGAGAAUGGUGAAGAGUCAGACAAAAUAACAUAUACUUCACUAAUCAAUGAAUUUUGUAAAUCUGGUAUGGUUACCGAAGCUUUAAGAGUCUUUGAAAGAAUGGCUAAAGGGAAUAAUAAUAAAAUCGACAUUGUUUCUUACAAUUUAUUAGCUUGGGGGCUUUGCAAGAAUGGGAAGGUUGAUGAGGCGGUGAGGUUAGUAUCUUUGAUGUUGAAAGACGAGAAUCGUGUAGAACCAAAUCAUCAAUUGUUAACAGCUUUAAUUUACGGGCUAUGUAAAGAAGGUCAUCUAAAGAAAGCGAUGGAGAUUCAUCGUGAAAUGAACAUGAGAGAAAUAUUUCCUUUUAAUAUACUAAUACAUGCUCAUUUGAAGAAAGGAGAUGUCGGUGAAGGAAUGAAGUUAUUGAAGAACGGGCUUGAAAUGGGAUUAGUUCUGGAUUCAUACACUUAUUCAGCUUUGAUAAAUGGAUUCUGCCGAUUGAGAAUGAUGAACGUUGCGAAAGGUCUUUUGAUUCACAUGACUGUUCGUGGAAUUCUGCUUACACCUCAUCAUUACAACACUUUACUAGAAAGUCUCUGCAAAGAAGGUAGUUUGGAGGAGGCAAAGGGUUUCUUUUUAGCGAUGAGCAAAACAGACAGUAAGCCGAAUGUUGCAUCUUUUAAUAUAAUAAUUCAUGGAACUCUAAGAGCAAAGGAUCUACAUUCGGCGAAACUAUUCUUCGAGGAAAUGCUUCAAAUGGGCGUGGAACCUGAUGUUGGGAUCUUUUCAACACUUGUAAAUGGAAUAAUGAAAUUAGAACAUUGGAAGGAGGGAAAAGCCACGAUCGAGAGGAUGGUGACUUGCGGUUAUGGUCCUACUGCUGCUGUAUACGAUUCUUUGCUAAAGGGUUUUCUUGCGAUGGGUGAAAAGGAAGAAAUAAUUGGUUUGCUUAGACGGAUGGCAGCUGAUGGGUUUCGUCUUAACAAAGAAAUUACUGAUACAACUCUCAAAUGUUUGUGUCUUUUUUCUGAACAUGAUAAUAUUGAAGAGAUCUUGCCUAGUUUUCAACAGGAGGUUUCUAAGGUGAUUUGA